AUGUCUGCCCUUUUCAACUUUCAGUCGUUGCUUCUAGUCAUUUUGUUGGCUAUUUGCACUUGCACCUAUGUCCAUGCCACUUGGCCAGCGCUUUUGGACAAGAACAAGAGCGGUGCUUUUGGCGUCUUUUGGAAAUUUGCCCGUAUUGGUGAGCGUUUGAGUCCCUACGUGGCAAUUGGUUGCUUCAUCAUGGCGUUUAAUGUUCUUUCAGGAUAA